CUGUGUAAAACAUGCCGAUAACCAACGGAAACCUAACCACUACUACGGCCGAGAGAACGGCUAACCACCAAACGAUGGGACUGGACUACCAAAAAGACCACCAAACAACCACCAAACAAUACCAAUUGGUGAAAAUUGAUAAAGCUGAAGUUGGCUGGCUAACUUCACAGAGAGAAAAUUACUCGGAUAGCCAUUAUCGUAAACACCCUUUAAAAACGGUAAGGAGCCAAAAUCCAUAAAAAACUAGGGGAGAAUGUUGGCAAUGAUGGAAAAUCUCUAGAAUCCAUAAAUUUAUUUCUGAAGUUGACAACACUGUUGUGCUUUCGGGAGUAGCAUGGGAUGCGUGUAGUGCAGAACCGUAAUUCUGACAGAUGGUGCGUGAAAGACCAAAAUAACCUGGAGUUGGCACAAAGGAACAAUUGGAGGUAUAUAAACAUAUGCACUGACUCCAAAAGUAACUUGGAUAUAAUAAACUCUCCAGCGGAUGUAAAUAAAAAUACUAUUAAAAAACUAAAUCCAUGGGUAGAAGACAUUAGACAAAGAAUAAACGAGGCUGAGGGAGUAGGAUGUAAAAUUCGGUUUACAUGGUGCCCAGCACACAAAAAUAUCAGUGGAAACGAGACUGCAGACAGCGCAGCAAAAGACGGAGCUCUAAUAGGGGAACCUAUAGAUAACAAAAUUGCCUUCUCAGAAGCUUUAGCAUCAUGGAGAUCCAAUUACAACCAGAUGGAAGAAGACUACAAGGAAAGCAUAAACAUAGGAACAGGAAAAUAUUAUAUGAAUAAUUUCUCAGAAGUAAAUAUUGCCAAAGUAGCAAAGUAUAAACUAGAUAGAAAAGAACUAUGCCUAUUAAUAAGAAUAAUAACAGGUUAUCCGUUUACUAACUCUGUAAAGUUCAAAUUUGGUCUAGUAGACUCACCGGAAUGUAUUUGUGGAGAAUUAAUACAAAACUUAAAUCAUAUUUUAUGGGCUUAUCCCCUCUAUAACGAAGCCAGAAAUAGUUUACAUAAUAAAUUAUUUAAUCUUAAAUGUUAUGCUCCUUUUACAAUAGAAAGUCUUAUAUCAAUGAUUAACGAGAGAAUAGCCAAGGCUGUAAUUAAGUAUAUAUUAGAGAUAGAUCUUAAGCUAUAAAAUUAGACAUAAAGUUAAUUAUAAGCUUUGCUGAGUGGUUGCCAAGGGAUUACCUUUUAGGCGGGAAGAGGGUGGCGUCCCCUAAACAACAUAAUCCAAGUAUCGGAUGACCAAAGAAAAUCACUUAAGACACAGUCAACCCCUGGGAUCUGUGUCUAUCUGGUUGAAAAUCGUGGUACUGUGUCCCCUGAGGGACAGAAAGCCAUAGGGGAAGAA